AUGUCUCAGCAAAUUACAGAACUUACACGCGUAUUGACAGAAUCAGAGAAAAGAAGGAUCGAGGAUCAAAAAGGUAUGAAUGAACAAGUUGAGCAAAUUAAAGAACAAGUGCUCAACCUCGCCCAUCAGCCUUCGCCCUGUUAUUCAAGAGUGUCCACUCCGAAUGAUUCCGACGAAAGUGAUGAAUAUAUAGCAAAUAGUCCUUGGGGUUUCCUUUUCCAAAGGCAAAGGGUUGUGGCGUUGGCUCUACCUAAUUUGCAACUUCAAGGCAUAAUUUCCCCGUCUUUGGCCAAUUUGUCCUUUCUCAGAGAGAUCAAUCUUGGGAACAACUUAUUCCAUGGUGGCAUCCCUUAUGGACUUGGCCACUUGUCUCGCUUGCGAGUGAUUGAUUUUCAAAACAAUCAGCUCCAAGGAAGUAUUCCAACAAGUCUAUUUCAAAACCGAAGAGUUCAAAUAAUUUCAUUGGCUUUCAAUGAACUCAGUGGUGAAAUGUGGAAAGGGCCAUGGUAUGUACCCGAACUCAGAGUCUUGGAUCUCAGGAACAAUAGCCUCACGGGUAUGAUCCCUCCUUCUGUUGGAAAUGCCACAAAAAUGAUGAACUUCAGUUUGUCUGGGAAUAUAGUCAGUGGCAGCAUUCCAAAGGAACUGUUUAAUAUCUCAUCGCUGCUUGCCAUACAUGUGCGAUACAAUAGACUAUCUGGUCCUCUCUUGCUAGAUGAAGGGAAUACUGUGUCAAAUCUGAAGUUUUUAAGUAUAUCUUUCAACCAAAUUUCUGGUUGCAUUCCUUCCAAUAUAUGUCAACUCACAGAGCUCAAAGUUUUGUCCAUAUCAUUCAACAACAUAACUGGAGAAAUACCAAAAAAUAUUGAUUGUUUAUCCAAGCUCCAGGAGUUUUAUAUUGGUGAGAAUCCGAUAAAAGGGACUAUUCCCACUUCAUUGGGAAAUAUUUCCACUCUGCAAUAUAUUUUUUGUGGAAACAAUCGCAUAGUGGGGCAAAUUCCUCCAGAAUUAGGGAAGCUAUCAAAUUUGAGGCAAUUAACCUUUGGGGAGAAUUAUAAUCUUAUUGGUCAAAUUCCAGAGGUUAUUUUCAAUAUAUCUUCUUUGGAAAUAAUCAAUUUCAGUUCCAAUAACCUCUCCGGGAGAAUUCCAGCCACUACAGGUCUUUAUCUUCCGAACCUUGGAGAACUUUACUUGGGAGACAAUCAGAUCAAAGGGGAAAUUCCAUUGUUCAUAAUAAAUGCUUCCAAGCUUGAGAUACUGGUGCUAGCACAGAACUUUCUCACAGGCGCAAUUCCUACUAAUUUAGGAAAUCUUCGUGAACUGCAAAAAUUGGUCCUACAUACUAAUCAACUUACCAAUGAACCAAGAGAGCAUGAGUUGCGAUUCUUCGAUUCUUUGGUGGAAUGUAGGAUGUUGAAAUAUCUAGAAGUGGGUUCAAAUCCGUUGAAUGGCGUUCUUCCCAAUUCUAUUGGGAAUCUUUCAUCUACUAUUGAAAUAUUUGAAAUAUCAGAAACACACAUCAAUGGCCUCAUCCCCACAAGUAUAGGCAACAUAAGCAGUCUAAUCUCCCUAGACUUUGAAGGAAACAACUUGAUAGGGAAUAUUCCUUCUGAGAUUGGUAAGCUUAAGUAA